AUGAAAGCCGAGAUCCCCGGGCGCCUGAGCGCCUUGAAGACCAAAUCCAUGAAGCUGCUGAUGGCCACCAAGGCUCGUGCGGUGGAUUUCUUGGAGCUGGCGGCCGUGAAGGUCCAAAGCCUGAAGGUGGAAACGGUGCAAUCCGUGACUGCACUGAAGGCCAAGGUGUUGGAUACCGCUCAGGAGAUGAAGAAGGGGACGGUUUCCCGAGCACAAAUGCUCCUGGCUUCUGCAAAGUCAUUGAAAUCUACCACAGCAAAGAAGUUGACAGAUGCAAAGGCAGCAGCUGGCGCCAGCUAUGCCAAGUUGCGCAAGGAUGGUGUGCGCACUUGGUCUCGUGACAACGUGCAGCUUGCCCGGGAGUAUGUGGCCUUUAGCAUUGCCAGCGUUGACAGUGCAGCCAGGAGCAGCUAUCGCAAUGCCCGGGCGACCAGUCUGGCAUUCAUUGCAUCCACCAGAAAAAGCAUCAAGGACCGCAUCCAGGAAAUCGUGGACGGUGCCAAGGCGCGUGUGGCCGCCGGCCGCGCCAAGGCUCUGCAAACCGUGGACAGUGCCAAGGCGCGUGUGGCCGCCGGCCGCGCCAAGGCUCUGCAAACCGUAGACAGUGCCAAGGCCAAGGCCUCCGAGGCCCGGGACAAGGCACACGCUUUUGCCAAGAAUGACCAUGUGCGCGCGACUGCUGUAGGCGUUGCUGGUGGUGCGACCACCCUGGGCACUACAGGUGCUGCCACCGGCUUGUGCGCUGGCACUGUGGUCGGAGCUGCUGUGGGCGUGGUGCCAGCACUCUUUACCUUUGGCCUUUCCAUUCCAGUCGGUGCUGCCCUGGGAGGUGGCGCUGGUCUCUUCAUGGGCACUGCUGUGGGCGCCACUGCUGGUGCUUUGAGCGGUGGUGCAGCUGGCUAUGGCGCCUAUGCCAAGCGCGGAGAGAUUCAGGAACUCCGCACCAAGACCGUGUCACGUAUCUCUUCCGGCGUUGACAUCGUGAAGGGAAAGGCGGCCGCCUCUGCGGACUACAUCAAGGACAGGGCAUCAGCAGCUCGCGCCCGUGUGGUUGGCAAGAGUGUGGAGGUGUUGCAAACGCCGCAAGCGCUGCAACUUGAGCCAGCGCAACCGGUGGCGAUGCCGCCGGAGACGCAAGGCCUCAUUUUGGUUCUGGAUUCUCUUCUGGAUGAUGCCAGCUCCCUGCGGAGCUUGGCGGUGGGCUCCGUGAUGCUCUUCUGCCUCGACGCCGCCGCGUCGGGCCCCGCGGUGGCCCGGGCCGUGGCCACCCACCUGGCCACCAGGGCUGUGGCGUGCGCCGGGCCGCUGGGAAACAUGGACUUUGCUUGUCUCUAUUGUAUCUCAGAUAUUCUGCAUAAUGCUGGCGCAAAUCGAUGUCCAGGUGCAAACACCUAUCGCUCAGUCUUUGAGGAGCUUCUUCCCGGCAUCUUUCACCGAGUCUAUGUGGGUCUUCAGGCGGGUUCCGCUGAGGCGGAGAUGCGUGUGAAGCAUCUUCUGAAGGUUUGGCGCGCUUCGGACUUCUAUCCCACUUUGUAUCUGGAUGGUUUAGAGGCGGCGGCCUUUGGUGGGGCCCUGGCUUUGGAGGCGAAGGAACAGGCGAUGUCCAAAGAGAUUCGCUUGAAACUGAAUGUCUACAGCUCUUUGGACCUCAUCGCACUGGAGCGGCGCUGUCGCAACCGCGGCCUCUUUGGUUCAGGGAGCAGCUCCAAGUCGCUGCUGCUGCGGCGGCUGCGGAUCUUUGAAGAAUACUGGGCCCAGCGCAGCAAGGACGACGUCCGUGACACGCCGCAGGUGCCGGAGCCGGUAGCGCCGAAGCCGGUGGCGCCGGAGCCGGUGGCGGAGCCGCUGGCGGUGCCGUUGGAGGCUGGAGAUGACCUGGAUGGAGUGCCAUUGGAAGUGGAGAGGAGCUCCAAAAGCUCCAGACGUCGCAUCACCGCACCCAGCAGAUGGUCCUCACUGGAGAUGGCGGAGUCAUCCCACUUGGUAGGUGUAGAGGAGGAUCUCGAUGGCGAGCCGAUCGGUGUGUUGGAACUUCAACAAUGGCGUGCAGCCAAAGCCGCUGCCAGCUUUCCAGCGCCGGUUGGGUGGGAGACCACAGGUACUCCGUUGCCCUUGAUGCCAGCGAUUCCGAUGCCGCCCGCGCCUGCUGAAAUCGUCGAGUUUGACUCUGCCAUUGAUGAGCUGCUUUCCGCUUCGUGGGCGCAAGCAGUCGAGGAGAGGCAGCCAUCUACCGAGAGGCCUCGAACAGAGGCUACUUCACGUGCUCAAGCUCGAGGCAUGAGACCGACCAAGCCUCGGUGGCCGAAGGCCUCGACCUCCAGAUCUCGGCGGAGAGAGAGGAGGAGAAGCCUGAGCCGCAGGUCUAAAGGUCGUGCAGGCCGCGAGGGGAGGUCAAGACGACGUCGAGACAGGGAAAGCAAUGCGCCGCUGCAUCCCAGUUUGGCUGCACCCCGCGCAGCGGCUGCAGCUGCUGCGGCCGCAGCUGCCAAUGCCGCAGCAUUUCUUUCUGCCAGGUCUCGCGCAGCCCAACCCGGCUUUGAACAUCCUGCGCCCCUGCAAAGGCAACGCCUGAAGUCUGUGACCCCUGAACCGGAUGCCGAACUGGAUGGUGACCCGCUCAGCGACGAGGACUUUUAGCAGCACUGUGGCAAAAAAAA